AUGUCUCGCGCAACUGGUCCUCUCGACACCGUCGCGCUGUUCGGCGCGACCGGCAUGCUCGGGAGCACGUUCCUUGACGCCUUGCUGGACGAUGUCGUCCAAGGGUACAAGCCCAAAGUGCUCGCCUUCAUGCGCGCCGGAAACUCCCUCGGCGACAGACACAAGCAUCAUGCGCGACUGCAGGUCGUGCAAUGCGACUAUCCCAAAGGAGGGGACGACCUCGUGGAAAAUCUCUGCGGCGUGGAUGCGCUCGUCAGUGUCCUCAACGGAGGUGGAUACGCGGCGCACUACAUUCUGCUUGAUGCAGCCAUUAAAGCCGGUGUCAAGCGGUUCUAUCCCUCGGAAUAUGGUCAUCAUAACCUCUACCGUGCACCGGGCGACGCUGGGUCGCGCCUUCUUCCUCUCUGGGACGAGAAAGAACGCUUCAUAAUGCACUUGAAGCUGCAUCCCGAUGUCCUAGCCGGCAAAUUGGAGUACACGCUCGUCGGUGCCGGCGACGUGUGGGAUCAGCCACCCGAGCCUUUCUGGUGCCCCUGGGACCAGGACGUCGACACGUACGACGUCCCCGUCGUCGGCGACGGCGACGCCCUCGCGGACUGGUCUUCGAGGAAAGACAUCGCACACUACGUCGUCGCGACGCUCGCCAAGCCCGCGCUCUCUGCCAACGCGGUCCUCAACUUCCCAAGCGAGACCAUCUCGCAGAACGCGAUGGUCGAGCUCCUGCGCAAGUACGCGGGCGCGAAGGGCCGCAAGGUCACCGUCCGGCACUUCUCGGCGGACGACGCGCACCGGUUCGCGGCGGACGCGAGCGCGGCGCCGCAGGAGAUCGCGAAGAGCUCGGCGAUCCCCGUCGACUUCUACUUCGUGGUUAAGUGCCUCCAGGGGUCGGGCACGUUCAGGCGGACGCCGUGGGAGUGCCAUUGGGAUUUGUUCCCGGAGGUGAAGAGGACGACGUUUGAGGAGUACCUGAAAGAGAAGUUUGGAGAAUGA